AUGUGUGAUUCGAACGAUCACUUUGCAGGUCCCGAUGGUCCAGUAGGUCCACCAGGACAUCCCGGAGCAAAUGCGAUGUUGUCGUCAAGCCAGCGUGGCCCCAAGGGUCCACCAGGACCUCCAGGACCGGUUGGCCGACAAGGAAUUCCUGGAGUGGCUGGUUUCCCGGGCUACCCAGGCGCACAAGGUCCUCCAGGGAUGCCAGGACGCCAAGGCGCUACUGGACCACCAGGUCCUGCCGGCCCU